AUGAAUCUGAAUGCGACAUUAAAUUCAACUUAUAAAUUAACAGAGAAUGAAAUUGAUACUUAUGUUAGCAAUAUCAGAAAUGUUAAUUUAACAAUCAACACUAAUGAUUCAAUCAUUAUAGCGCAGCCAGUAAAUCAAGGAGGUAAUGUAACCAUUUUAGGUGCUUCAUUCACACGUGGCAUCGGUGGCCAAAUUGUCAAUGGUGCAAAUACAAAUGAUAUAAUCAAUUCAAAUUUAUCAGCAGCAGCUAUUAUCAGCAACCAAUCUCUAACUGGUGCUACAUCUCUCAAUAUGCUCAUCAUUGAUAAACCUACAAUAUAUAAAAAUAUAGAAAAUUCAACGGAUAAAACACUUGCAUCAUCCGUUAUCGUGGCGACAGUGCAGAGAAAUGAUUCUGUAUUAACCCAGACAAAUAUUUCUCUAUAUUUUCGAGUUUUAAAUGAAUCUCAACCAAAUCGUGUCGCCCAAUAUUUUUGUUCAUUUUAUAAUACAAUUACUUUGAAAUGGAAUGAAUCCGGUUGUACGAGACCUCAAUAUAAUCCAACAUUUGAUCGAUAUGAAUGUACCUGCAAUCAUUUGUCUACUUUCGCUCUAUUAUGGGCACCAUAUGCCAUACCUUGUGCAAUUAUUAUUCAUGGAUUAACUAUUCGAAUUUGUAUCUCAAGUGUAUCUACACAAGCACGUCAUUUACUUCCAUUAAUUUCAUGUGCAGUAACAAUAAUUCUUUUUAUUUUUUAUAUUGCUUUAUCAAUGACAGUUUAUACAAAAACAGCAUACGACGAUGAAAAACAAUGUUUUACAAGUUCAAGUGUAUUGAUGUUUUUUGUUUAUUUCUUUUUAAUUUUUAUGUUUUGUGUCAAAACAAGUGUUGGAUAUUUUAAUUAUUUACGAUUUGUUCGUCUAUUUCCUGAACCAUCAUAUCGACUAUUAUAUAUAAUGCUUUUGAUUUCAUUUUUUAUUUCUAUUACAUGGGUAGCUUUUGCAGCUGGAUUUAAUUCUAAUUCAUCAUUUCAUAUUACUCAAUUAUAUCCAUAUAAACUUUGUUGGUUUACUCGUCCUGCUAUUUAUUAUUUUUUGACAAUACCUGUUGGUAUUUUUCUCUUAAUUAAUAUAUUUAUAUUUAUUCGUGUAGCUCAACGUAUAGUAAAUCAUGUUCUAUAUGCAAAUUCAACUCAUAAACCGUAUGAAAGAAUGAAAGGAUGUAUACUUGUUUUACUUUCAUCAUGUGCAACUCAAGGUAUUGGUUGGCUUCUUGGUCCAUUUUUAACAAUUGCUAAUGAAAACACUGCCCAAGUUUUAGGAUGGUUUUUUAUUAUUUUUAAUGGAUUAGAAGGACUUUGGUGUAUUCUUUUAUAUAUCAUAAUUUGGUUACAACAUUGGGAUGAACGAAAACGUGUUAUGGCUGCGAAAGAACUAACAAAAUCAAAGAGUUUAUCCUAUAGAAAACAUGAAAAACAUCGUAAACAAGAUUUAUAUUAUGAUUCAUUCACAGGAUUAUCAAUGGAUAAUGAAGAUUCUCGAAGACAAUCAUAUAUUUUCGAUGAUCUAUAUAAUUGGGAAAUUACCGAUGGAACAAGUACCUAUUGUUAA